CCCUGGCGGGCGGCCUUGCCCCCGCCUCCCCCAGCUGGCUCGAAGGCUCUGCUUGUUGUUGUUGUUGCUGCAAGGUUAGUGAGUGGACCAGCUGGUUGCUCCCUGGCCACCCAGCUACAGAAAUGGAAGAAGUACAGGCCAAUCCUGCAGUGACUUUCCUGAAUGUGGCCCCCAGCUAUGUGCCUCAUACCAAAGUGGAGUGUCAUUACAACCUCCCACCGGGCAUGAAGCCAUCAGCCAGAGAUUGGAUUGGGAUCUUUAAGGCAGAGGUCUCUUCUGUGCGCGACUAUUAUACCUUUGUGUGGUGCACAGUGCCAGAUGGUGGGACGCCAGCAGGGGCUCUUCUUCAUUGUAGUGUCCAGUUCCAAGCAAGCUAUCUGCCUAAACCAGGUCCCCAGCAGUACCAGUUCCGCUAUGUGGAUCGUCGUGGGGAAGUGCGUGGCCAAAGUUCCUCUUUCCAGUUCAAUGAGCCACGGCCCAUGGAUGAGCUGGUCACGCUGGAGGAGGCAAGCGAUGAUGGUGCAGGCACCGAUAUGCUCUUGGUGGUUCCCAAGGCCACUCUGCUAGAGACUCAGUUGGAGGAGAGCCGUCAGCAGCAAGGAGCCCUCCUGCAGGAAUCAUGCCGUCUGAAAGAUGAGGUUCAAGAACUGCGAAGCCACAUGGCUGAGCUGGAGGAAGCUCUUGGUUCCCUACGCGAUGACCACACAAAGCUGGCUGCACAGUACAAGGAGUUGUCAGAUUCCUCCGCAGAAGUGUCCAAACAGAAAGACACACUGAGCCUUCAGGAUGCUGAACACUUGGCCCGAAUCCGGGAACUGGAGGGAGAUAUCCAGGCCAUGGGUGAAAAGAUGCUACAGAGAGAGACAGAGCUGGACAGAGUGAAGGAUACAGUYAAGUCUCUGCUACGGGAGCAAGAACAGAUUCAUAAUCAACUCAAAGAGGAAUAUGCCGAGAAAGAGCAAUACCAGGUGAAGCUGCAGGCCUCGGAGGAGGAGAGCCGCAGCCUGGCCUCUGAUCUGCAGGAAGCCAAGAGCCUUCAUGGUGAGAAGAUCUCGCAAACUCUGGUGCUCCAGGAGGACAUCAACAAGUUGCAGCAGAAAUUGGCCACCGCAAAUCGACGCACUGCUCAGAUGGAGGCCUUGUGCGAACAGCUGCGCUCCACACAAGAUGUCCUGGCAGCCAGCCAGCAAAAGGUGGCCCUCUUGGGGGAAGAGCUGGCCAGCGUGGCCUCCAUCCGGGAUCGCACCAUCUCGGAUCUGCACAAGAGCCGCCUGGAGGCAGCUGAGACCAACAUCAAACUGGCUGACAUGACUCUCAAGUGGAAGGAGGGCAAAGGCCAGUGGUGGAAGGAGAAGGCCACCCUGCUCCAGAACAUGGAGGCAGAGAAGGACAAGAUCCUGAAGCUGAGUGCUGAGGUGUUGCGCCUAGAAAAGAGCCUUCAAGAAGAGAAGUCCCAGCGCCAAGUGCUACGUGUCGAGCUGGCACAAGAGCGCGAUUCCAGCCUGGUGCAGGUCUCUGAGAGCCGUCGGGAGUUGCGUGAGUUAAGGGCUGCACUGCAGGUUGCCCAAAAGGAGAAGGAGCAGCUGCAGGCUGAAAAACAGGAGCUGCUGGUAUACAUACGACGCCUUGAAGAGCGGCUGGAGAAGGUCGCUGAUGAUAAAUGGAGUGAAUCUGUUCUGGUGGAUAAAGAAGAGGCAGCACUGGAGGCUCCUGCCUCAGAAAUGUUUAUUCGAGAUGCUCUGGAUUCCCCACUGUCAGACUCCGAGGAUGAAUGCCCUGAGGACAUGCGCCUCCCUGCUCAGAUCGGUUCCUACAGUCUGUGUGACAACCGGGCUGCUACCACCACACCACCUUGUGCCCGUGGACCUGCUCGCACUGUGGUGAUCAGUCAGCCCGCACCCAUUGCCAGCCAGAUCAAACAGCCUCCUGAGGACUCCAGCUCUGAUUCGGAGGCAGAGGAUGAGAAGGCCGUGCUGAUGGCUGCUGCUCAGAGUGGUGGCGAAGAAACCAAUCUGCUCCUUCCAGAACUGGGCAGUGGCUUCUAUGAGGUAGCCAGUGGGCUGACCGGACGACAGAUGUCAGAACCAGGGACCUGUGGGAUGGGUGUAUCUCCCUUGGACCUGCCUUCACCAGCUUUUUGGAAGGAAUGCCCCAUCUGCCAUGAGCGCUUCCCCCCAGAGAGCGAUAAGGAAACGAUGGAUACACAUGUGGAUGCGCACUUCUUUUUCAGCACCCAUGAUCCCUUCACUUUUGAGUGACCCUCUCCCUUUGAUCCCAACCCCCCUCCCCACCUCCUUCGACCAUACCCCCUCAGUGCCCCCUCUCCUCCUUCGGUGGGAUCCAGGCUGGGUACCUUCUUUUCCUUUUCCUAUAGAGAGUUUGCUAAGAUGGAGUCACUGCCCUUCCAAAGUGGCUUAAGGAGCAGGUGGCAACAAGAGGGUCACUGACUUCCCAGAUCCCUUUCCAAAGCAGGGCAGGGCACUCAGAGCUAACUUGAAAAGGGACAUUUUGCAUACUUGUCAGUCCUCCACAUUUGUGUGUUUAAUUUUUGCAGAUGUGAUCAUGGAUUUGGUUACUAUAUCCUUCAGGUCAAUUCUAAGCUCAGCUGUUGAAAGUUGCUAGAGUCAAGCUAGAGGACCUAGAGAUUCCUCAAAUGAACCUCUCUCUAGGAAUCUCUACGCUUUCCUGGGUGAUUUUGUGGUCACCGUCCAGGGGAAGAUGACCAUGGAUUUACUCUUAAUAGUCCCAGAGUUUCCUAGAGAGGUGUUCUCUCGGGUAAAAAGGUUUUUAAAUCGGUUUUUCCAUUGUUGUGAAAGGUUCUGUGCCUUCACCCUGUAAAAAUGGAGAGCUACUGUGUACACUCUCACUCAAUCUCACACAUAUUCACACAUAUCCUGGAUAUAAAUACAUCUCCAUAUAUACACACACAUUAAGCAGAGUUGGACAGCUGUGGCCCUCCGGGUGUUUUUGGACCACAACUCCCAUUAUUCUUAAUUUUUGACUCUAUUGGCUUCUGCCUAUAGGGGCUUGAGACCAUCAACAAUUGGGAAGAGCCAUAAGUUCCUCACUCCAACUUAAAAACAAACCAAGUAUUGGAAAGUGAGAGAUCGGAAUUAAGCAAUGACUUAUUUUAAGCUCUUGUGGGGUGAGGACCUAUUUGAACAUGACUCACUACUUUAUGAAGUCAGAUGAGGAGAAAGUGUGUUAGUAGUCCUUGGCUGAUUUUGACUGCGUGUAACCCUCUUCUUGCUUAUCCAAAAGUAAGCAAUCAUAUGGACCUAGCAGGCAUGAAAACAGUGGUUAUUUUUACAGGUUUUUCUUGCAGGUGAAAGGAGAAAUGGCAGGGCCUCAGCAGAGGUAUUUCAGUGAAAUAUCCUGUGAUUCUUUGUUUGUUUAGGUGUGUUUUGGUUUUGGAUUAGUGUAUCACAGGAUUAUAGCUUGUUUUGAAAAAUGUGCCCUCACCUUUCCGGACAGCACAUCUGUGACAAACCCAUUUGUAGAAGUAUGAUUGUCCUUGUUUCUUGUGUCACUUGGAAGACUGACAGAUUUAUUUAAACAUGAGCCUUUGGGGAUUCCAGUUUACUUCCUCAGAUGCACAUGCUGUUAAAGUUUCAGGUGUUGUUGUGUGUCUUCAAGUUGUUUUUGACUUAUGGGGAGCCUAUGGAGCCCCCGGUGGCACAGUGGGUUAAAGCACUGAGCUGCUGAGCUUGUUGAUCGAAAGGUCACAGGUUCGAUUCCGGGGAGCGGCGUGAGCUUCCGCUAUCAGCCCUAGCUUCUGCCAACCUAGCAGUUCGAAAACAUGCAAAUGUGAGUAGAUCAAUAGGUACCGCUCCGGCGGGAAGGUAACAGCGCUCCAUGCAGUCAUGCCGGCCACAUGACCUUGGAGGUAUCUACAGACAACGCUGGCUCUUCGGCUUAGAAAUGGAGAUGAGCACCACACCCCAGAGUCAGACAUGACUGGACUUAAUGUCAGGGGACUACCUUUACCUUUUUAUGGAGAAUCUAUCAUGGGGUUUUCUCAGCAAGAUUUGUUCAAGGGUGAUUUGCCAUUACUGUCCUGUGAUACUGAGGAAACUUGAUUGAUUUCUAUGGCUAAGGGUGGAUUUGGCCUCCUGCAGGAUUUGGUCUCCUGCAAUUUUAGUCCAACACUCAAACUACUUGCUUUUGGUUAUAUAUACACAGUACUAAUGUUGACGGUUGCAGUGAUAGUCUGUACAUUAGAAAAAGGUGACUAAUCCACAAAAGAUCAAGCUUAAAUAAGUCUGUUAGUAUCAGUAGUGUCCCUAUACUCUUUGUUGUUUUGCUGGAAAGACUUAGCACAAAUGGCUUUUUGAGUAUUGCCAUCCUAAUAUCUCAUGUUAUCAAUAUUGGAAACAAAAGGGAGGGUGAGCUACUAUGAAUGAUUAACUAAAAAGAUACAAAGUGUGAUCAACAGGGCCAGGUCAGAUACACAACCCUUGGCAUACAGAUAUGCACCAUGUACACAAAAGUGUCCUUGGGUUUGCCACAUCUGGAUGCCAAUAUGGAGACUAAGAUCACAUACACCUUAGCAAUGUGAGAUGGCAAAGCUGCAACAGAGACCUUGUGGAAAGUUGUCUUUUUAUAUGUUCCCAUCAUGCUGGCUGGCUGAUCUUGGGAGAUAUAGUCCAAAAGCCUAAGUUUUCUAAGCUCUGUAAUAAUAUCAGUUGUUGAGGCAAGGCAGCUAGAAUCAGUGGGGUAAGGAAAGGGGGUAAACAAUCACUCCUAUACAAAUAACCUCAAUAUGUUGUCAAAGUCUUUCAUGGCCAGGAUCAUUGGGUUGCUGUGAGUUUUUGUAUCUUUCCAGAAGCAUUCUCUCCUGAUGUUUCAUCCACAUCUAUGGCAGACAUCCUCAAAAGUUGUGAGGUAUCACAACCGAACUACAGCUGCUUCUAGUGAGUUUUCUCUUCCUCCCUUUUAACUCUGAGCAUGUGCUCAGAAAGCAAACAGAUGGAUUCAAAUGAAUGGAUUUGGGUAUUUAUCGUUUUAGCUAUAGGCCCUUAUGCCAGCCAAACCCCAAAGAUUUUAUGGCACACAUUUAUAAAUUAUGUAGCACUGUGUUGUUGUUCUUUUUAAUAACAACUGAAACAACCAGGCUAUCAGACACAUAAAUUAAAAUAAGGCAGAGAAAAGAUUCCAAUAAAAUCUCUUUUUGCCUGUCUCAACUACCAUCAGGGAACAAAAUUGUACUCAUUUGCUGGCAGGCUUCUUUGCACUCACCCCCUUUGAAUAGGAUCAGUAUCUUUCAUAAAUGUAGCUGCUAUUUUUAUAUAAAUAGCAAAAAGCCAAAGUUAUUUCAUCAUAAUUCACAUCCCCAAAUGUUCAGUGAUGAUAUUUGAAAAUAGGGAAAAAUCAAGAGAUCUAGAGUACUGCUGUGGAAAACAGUUAUUCUUUUUGUAGCAAGGAACAAAAAGCCAUUCAUACUGUAGAAAUGUUUAGAACCCACAUGGUGUUAAACAAAGUGAUAUUUUCUCCCAAGCAUGAGCAAACUUUGGCCCUCCAGGUGUUUUGGGCUUCAACUCCCACAGUUCCUAACAACUGGUAGGAUGUUAGGAAUUCUGGGAGUUGAAGUCCAAAACACCUGGAGUGCCAAAGUUUGCCCAUGCCUAUUCUCUCCCCUUCUAUCUGGGAACAGAUUUGGAAAGUUCUAUAAAUUAGCAUAACAAAUGGAAAAAAAUCGUGCUUCUGAAAUAAAAGGGUCACAAAAUAUAAAGAAAUAAUAAGAAAUAGCCAAAUUGGGUUAACUGUAAAGAAAGGAGUCCUAUGGUCAUGCUAAAGACUGGAUGUCUUGUGUGUAUGCCUUCCAGUCAUCUGUUGAUUGUGGCAACUCCAUGGUUUCAUAGGAUUUUCUUAGGCAAGGAAUACUCGGAGGUGGUUUUCCUAGUUCCUUCCUCUGAAAUACACUUUAUUAUUGUUUUAAGAAGGAAAUUACAGUUUGUAGGUGUGGAAUUUUGAGCAGGGAACUAUGCUUGAGUAAAAUAUCCACAGAUACUGCUUUUUUUUUUAAGAUCUGAGAUUCCCAGCCCUCCCGUAGUGCCCAUAUUCAAGAGGUUUUGUGUGCUGCUCCUUCAUUCUCCAGAUUACACCAGUUUGGUUGGACUCUCAACCCAAAUCGAUUCCAGCACAUAAGGUUUUUGGUGCAGAAGGAUGGGACCUGUGAAGUAAUAACAUCAAGAGAAUCGCAGGUUUCAAACUCCUGCAACAUAGUAUUCUUUGAAAAGGAUGAGAAGUGGAAAAGAGUGGAGAGUAGUCAGACACACUAGACAUGAUGAACUUUGUAUUCUGUUACUAUUGUGAAACGGUUCUGCAUUUCUAAGAAUUCAUAAUUCUGAGUUGGGAGUUGCUUUAUUUUUGAUAGGCAGAGCACCCAAGGAUACUCUGCUGUUUUGAUUUGCAGAGAACAGUUUUAGUUGUAACACAUGGGAGAUUCAGUUGACUCACUUAACAUCUCUGGGCCUCCACAACAACACAAAUGGUAUAUGAGUGUGCGAACACAUGCGUAUUUGUUUGCUAGCUAAUCUAUAUAAAUCUGUUAAUUCAGGGCAUGACAGAUAUCAUUUAUGUUGUGCACCAACCAAAUUUCCAGCAGUUGAUAGCAAAGUGCAUCAAUAUCUGGAGAAAGACCAGCUUAGAUUAAUGUUACAAGGGAGUGUGUGUGUCCUGUAGCACUAGAUUGGCAUCUGAUGAAGUAGACCAAGUCUAUAAAAUUGAUGCUACAAGCUACUUUCUCCUAGUUAGUCUCAGAGGUGCUACAAGAUCACUUUGUAUAUACCUUGAUGGCUGUCGAGGUCACGUGUGCUGUUGGUGCAUUUCAGGUUAAAUCUGUAUGAGUUAUUUUUCCCAUUAUUUCACUGGACUGGUGAAAUGAAGCUUAAUAUUUGCUUGAUCACUUGACACAAGCCUUGGGGUGUGUUUGCACAUGGCACUGACAAACAACACUUGAUAAGGGAGAGCAACCCGCCCCUGAUGACCCUGUCAUUUCCCAGCCUGGCUCCCACUGUUGGGUAGUUGUCCAGCAGCCAACCUACAUGGACAGCCUAACCUCACCUUUGUGCAGCUGACCAUUACCAUUUCAGGCCGAGGAGAAAGAUCCAUGUUGGACUGCUUCCCUCUGUCCACAACUCCCUGCACAGACAAACAGGAAGUGACAUGGCAGGGGAAAGCAUUUUGUGCUAGCCUUCCCUCUAAUGUACUUUCUGUGCAGGAAGUAUUUGAGCUUGCCUGUUACAUUAUCUGUUCUGUUUGAAGUGGUAUAUUCCCGUAUGACAUGAUUUUGCUGCCUGGGUAGAUCAAUGCUGAGAUUUGCAAGAAGCAAGCAAUAUUCAGCUGUUCUUGAUCUGGAUACUCUAAACAUGAAAUGUGAGGAAACGCACCCAUUUCCUGACCCAUUCUUGCUAUAGGAUUUUUCUUUUCAGAGAGUAGCUCCUGUACCCAUAGAGCAGCGGUUCUCAACCUGUGGGUCCCCAGAUGUUUUGACCUUCAACUCCCAGAAAUCCUAACAGUUGGUAAACUGGAUGGGAUUUCUGAGAGUUGUAUGCCAAAACACCUGGGGACCCACAGGUUGAGAACCACUACCAUAGAGUCUCUCCACAUAAGAUAAGACAUGGAAGAGGUGUUUGCGUGUACCACAUUGUAUGUGUGCUCAUUCAGAUGUUCUUGAGGCCGUCCCCUAAAUAUGAAAGGAUAGAGACAACCCAUUGUGUAUAUACAUUGUUCUUGGUUAGAAAGUCAUGUGUAAACAUCCCCUGGUUUGCAUGGAUGUCUUCAGUGACUCGAGUGAACUCAUCUCUCCACAUCGUCACCCACAUAGGAUGCAAGGAGCAUAUAGGCCUAGUAUGUCAACAUCACCCUCAUCCCGGUGGAGCCCCCGGUGGUGCAGUGGGUUAAAUCCCCUAUGCCGGUAGGACUGAAGACCGACAGGUCGCAGGUUCAAAUCCGGGGAGAGGCGGAUGAAGCUCCCUCUAUCAGCUCCAGCUCCUCAUGCGGGGACAUGAGAGAAGCCUCCCACAAGGAUGAUAAAAAAAAUCAAAUCAUCUUGGUGUCCCCUGGGCAGCGUCCUUGCAGACGGCCAAUUCUCUCAUACCAGAAGCGACUUGCAGUUUCUCACGUCACUCCUGACAUGACAAAAAAAAAACCCACCUCAAUGAGAUUACCGUAUCCAGAUUGUGAACAGCUGAAUAGGACGAAAGAUCCAUGGGAUGAUUUCUCAAGGCGGCAAUUAAUGAUAACAAAAUGUAGACACUGAAAUGGUUUAGUAACAGCAACAAAGACAGAAGGGGAGGGAUUUCUCCUUGUGCAGGAAAUGAUUCCUUAAGUAGACUUGGUUUUUCUCCCAAUCUUCUUUUGGUUUGUUAGCUAGUUUUUAAUAGUCCUUUCUCAGUGCUGUCCUGCCACCUCUUUUGCUUGCUGUCUGAUGACUGCUGCAUGCAUGCAUCUCUCUGCCGCAGCAUUACACCUCACACUGGGCUCCCACUGUGUUUGGUUUAUUAUCUUGCCCCCAUUUUGUUCCCCACCCUACCUUUUGGCUUCCUCCUGUUUACUGAGCCUCCUGCUUGCUUUCUACUAAUUCUUUUGGUUGCAAAAUUUUCUGCUUUAUCCUGCCCCUUGGCAUCCCUGAGAGAAGAGUGCAAGGCCUAUGUUCUGCUUUAACCAGAGAGAAGAGGAAGAGUUGAGAGAAUGAGAGAGAGAAAGAGAGCCGGCUCCCUAGAGACUGUGCCUUUUUGGAGAGGCUGCCAUGCCUCUGCUCACUUGCGUAGGGAAAAUCUUUUCAUCCUGUGCCGCAUUUGUGGCUGUGAGUUCUCCUCUGUUUCUAGACCACCUUUCCUUCUCCAGCUUUUUUAUUUUAUUUUUAAUAUAAUAGUCUGUGGCUCAAAAGCUCAAAGCAAUAAACUUCUCUCCCACUCAGUUCUGACAUGCCCCCAAGUCUAUGUAUAGGGUGUACAUAUAUAUAUAUUUAUAUUUAUAUUUAUAUGACAUGUUGCCGCGAUUCUAAUAAAACGCAGUCUUUCUGCUACA